UUUCAUUCGCAGAAGUUGAAAGAUAUCCCCUGUUCCUAUAAAACGAUCACCAAGUACAUAUCAUUGUCUCGGAAUGCACUGGCAGUCGUUGUCGGCAUCACUUUAUGUUAUACACUCAGUCAUGAAAACUGGUUGGCGUUUCGGUGAAUGGCACAGAUGUCAGUUUUGCUGGGAUGAUACAGGAAUUGGGCGCCUCACUGGCAGCCAUACCUCUAAUUUCGGUGCUGGAGAGUAUUGCUGUGGCAAAGGCAUUUUCAAUGGGAAAAAUUGUAGAUGCCUCACAAGAAAUGAUUGCAUUAGGUAUCGCCAAUAUAAUGGGUAGUUUUGUUUCAUCCAUGCCCAUUACAGGCUCAUUUACGCGUACUGCAAUCAAUAAUGCCAGCGGCGUUAAGACUACGUUGGGCGGUGCUUUCACCGGCAUAUUGGUUUUGAUGACCUUGGCGUUCCUCACGGAAACUUUCUAUUAUAUACCAAAGGCAACUUUGGCUGCAAUUAUAAUAGCCGCCAUGAUAUUUAUGGUGGAAUAUGAAAGAAUCGUCGAAAUUUGGCGCGCAAAAAGUAUUAAAUUCUUUAAAAAAAAAAACAUAUCGCAUACAUACAUAUGUAUAUAUUUCUGCAUUACAGAGGUGGAUAUGAUCCCUUUCCUGGUUACAGUGAUUGUUUGUAUAUUUUGGACUCUGGAAUACGGUAUGGUCUGCGGCAUCGUUGUAAAUAUGUUAUUCAUAUUGUACAAAAGUUCUAGGCCCAAAAUAGUCAUUAGAAAAGAGAAGUUGCAAAAAGACACUGAAGUAGCCGUUGUGGAUGUGCAAGAAAAUUUAACCUACUCUUCAGCGGAAUAUCUGAAAUCAAAGGUGAUUAAAUACAUAACCAUGCAUGGUGAACACAUCAAAAUGGUAGUGAUAAGGGGAGAGGAAAUCUUUACAAUUGACACAACAGUAGCGUUGAAUAUUAUAGCAUUGAAAAAAGACUUGCAAGCCCUAGAUUGUGACUUAGUGUGCUGGAAUUGGCAAAUAUCUUCAGCUGGCGUGGUCUGUCGCUUACAUCAUGAUGUGCGGAGUAUGUUUAAGUUUACUAAAACACUGCAGGAGGUUAUGGCGAGAGGCAUCCAAGAAAGUACCAUGACAAUACAAACAGACAGUGACUCAAUUGCGAUACCGAUAUAAUCCGAAGAUAAUUUAAUUUUAAGUUUAAUUAUUAACCUACGAAAUGAUACUUUGAAGUGAUGCGCCUUGAUGUUGUCACACAAAAAGGAGGGUCGUACAGUUUUACGCCGACUCUGAACGGCGAUUAUAUUUUUAUGAGAAGCUGUCUUUCAUGGCGGAAUUUUGUAUAGACAUAAAAAAUUAGACACUGCUUGUACCAAAAAAACUAUUUGUUGGAUCUCCUUAACCCAUCACCGGCCAGAUUGAAAGUAUGAGUUGCAUAUAUGUACAGCUAUGGUUAAUGAUUUAACACCAAAAUUCAAAAUGAUAUUGUUUGUAACUUAUGUUUAUUUAU